AUGCUGUUUUCAUUCCAAUGGCAAUAUCUAUACAUACCAUUAUGUCCUGUAACAUUAAGUGAUGUACUUAAAGCACCAUGCCCAUUUAUUAUCGGAAUUGAUUCACGUUAUUUUGAUAUAUGUGAACCAUCUGCUGAUGUUAUAUGUGUCGAACUUGACUCAAAUAUAAUUACUGGCGGAACUAAAGAGCAAAAACAUUGGUCUGUAAAAAUAUUUCCGAAAAAAGCCAAUGAAAUCAAAUUCCAAGUACUCAAUACAUAUCAACAACGUUUAUAUGAACUUCGUACACAUUUGAAACGUAAUCAUAACGAUUCUGAAUUGCAUCUGCAAAUAGUUCAACUUGAACGUAAUAUGGAAACACAUAUACAUGAUAUAUUUCUUCGUUUUAUGUGUACAUAUUUUUAUGGUUAUAAACAAUUUUUACGUCCAAUCUUACGUCGAUCGAAUCAAUUAUCAACAGAUAUUUGUUUUCGUGACAUUAUUCAAUUAUGUGGUAUCUAUGAUGAUCCCCUACUUGCAGUUAAAAUUUACUCAUUCAUGAAGAAAAAUGGUGCAGAAUGCAAUGCUAUUACAUAUGCUGUAUGGGCGUUUAAAACUGCUCAUCAUUAUCAACAAAAUCAACAUAAUCGACGGUCAUUGACAUCAUCCUUCGACGAUGAUGACAGUGAUGGUGCCAUGAAUACCAAUUCUAAUACUAUAUUUUCAACAACUUCCAAUCAUCCUUCGAAAGCACUUGGUUCAAUCGAUAAUCUCAAAAAUAACCGUGAAAAUAAACUUAACCAAGAUGAUAUGUUAUCAAGUAUCUUUUCAACAUUAGCUGGAUCAAUCAAAGAUAUAACAGAGAGUUCAUUUUUUCCAAGAAUGCUUUUGAAAAAAUCACCAUCAAUGGAUGGGCUAACAGAUAAUAAAAUAGUUCCUACAACGAAUUCAAACAAUAAUAAUAUUAAUAAUAUUGCUGUUCUUGAAACAGCAAAAAAACGUUCGCUAUCAAAUACAUAUGAUAUUCAUUCAAAACUUGACUACAGUACACUUCAAUCAAUUACUCAUCAAACAGCUCGAUCUGAUGCUGGUAUAUUAAUGACUACAAUUGACAUUGAAAUAGUUGAUGUCGAAGGCAAAGAAGAAGGAAUUUCAUCUCUAUCAUAUAUUUCAACACUACUAACACAACUACGUGCUAAAUUUAAUCAAAGUAAUUUUUCAGCAUUGUAUAAUUCAAAAAAUCUUACUACAAUCAAAUCAUUUGCAUUGGAUUUUUUUACUGAUCUUAAAUCUUCAGUCAAAUCUACAAUAAAUUCAUUAACACAAUCAAAGAGUCCACAUAUAAUUAAUAAUCCAAUAAUCAAUAAAGAACAAACAUUAUCAAGAAAUAAUAGUAAUAGUAAAUUACAUGAUAGUAUAUCAUCAUUUAUAUCACACCAAAGUUCAAAUAGUUCUUCAUCAUUAAAUACAAAUAAUAUCAAUGAAGUGGAUAUUAAAGAUUUUUGUUUAGACUUUUCAAAUGCUGCAAUACCAAUUCGUUAUAAUCAUGAUAAGAAUUCUCGUUUUUCCAAGUCGUAUUAUUGA